AUGAAUAUUGGGGACGCGAGUAGUAUGUGGACCACGACAGCGAACUGCAUUACGGAAGCAGCUAGGGAGGUGUUAGCGGUUUCGAAGGGUUACUCGGGUGGCCACAAGGGGGACUGGUGGUGGAAUGAGGAGAUCCAAGGUAAAGUGAAAGCUAAGAAAGCGACGUAUUUGAAGCUAAUGGGGAGCACGGACGAGGAAGAGCGGAGAUUGUAUAGGGAGUGUUAUAAGAAGGCAAGGAGAGAGGCGAAGCUCGUGGUCACGGCGGCUGAGACUGCAGCUUUUGAAAGAUUGUAUGAGGAUCUUGGGGGCAAAAGAGGGGAUAGGAAGCUGCGUAAAUGGCAGGAGUACUUCCAUAGACUCUUAAACGAGGAAGGGGAUAGGAACAUCAUGCUAGGUGAGUUGGAGAACUCAGAGAGUUGGAGAGAUUUUGGAUUUUGUAGGCGUAUUAAGUGUGAGGAGGUUGUUGUGGCAAUACGGAAGAUGAGCAGGGGUAACGCGAUGGGGCCUGAUGAGAUCUCGGUAGAAUUUUGGAAAGUAGCGGGUAGGGUAGGCUUGGAGUGGCUUACUAGCCUGUUUAACGUCAUUUUCAAGACAAAGAAGAUGCCCGGCGAUUGGAGGUGGAGUUUGAUGAUUCCGUUGUACAAAAACAAAGGUGAUAUCCAGAACUGCAACAACUAUAGCGAUAUCAAGCUACUGAGUCACACUAUGAAGGUUUGGGAGAGGAUGGUGGAGCAGAGAGUGAGGACAGGUGUAUAUAUCUCUAAGAACCAGUUCGGAUUUAUGCCGGGACGGUCAAACUACAAAAGCCAUUUACCUUGUGAGACGAUUGGUGGAGCAGUAUAG